AAACGCACCAGAGUCCACAGCUCGCGAUCCGGUCUUCAACUGUCAUCCCGAGCGGCUGCGCACCAACUUUUGUCGCCGCCGCGGCACGGCACGGCACGGCAGGCGGCGUUCCAAGGACGCGCCACAUUUCUCCAAAUCCAUCCCAAAAGUCUCCUCCCCGACUCUCCCGUUGUCUCCUUUGGGGAAAAUAGAAAACUCUCGACCCCGCAGCAGGCCGCAGCACCCAGCACCUAGGCAUUGGGCAAAGCGAGCGCUAACUUUCCGCCGCCCCUUUGCGCACGCCGGCGGGGACCACCGACCGAGACCCCCCGCCCUCGGCCGCCUCCAAUACCGCCCGCAUGGCCGCCGAUCGCGGACCCGACGUCUGAGCGGGCGGCGGUCGGAGGCCAGGCCGGUUGAGAUGAGGGAGCUGGCCGGGAGCCCCGGGUCGUGGAGCGGCCUGGCGCUGCGGCUGUCCCAGUUCGCCUUCGCCGCCGCGUCCGUCUGCGUCAUGGCCUCCGCGCGCGACUUCGCCAACUACACUGCCUUCUGCUACUUGAUCGCAUCAAUGGGACUACAAGCACUCUGGAGCUUGGGGCUUGCCUGUCUUGAUGGCUAUGCCUUGAAAUUGGAGAAGGAUCUCCGCAGUGCUGUUCUCGUGAGCUUAUUUGUUGUUGGCGAUUGGGUAACGUCAAUCCUGUCAUUCGCUGCUUCAUGCUCUGCAGGAGCUGUUGUUGUUCUUUUUGAUAGGGAUGCAUUCUUCUGCAGCAGGGAUCCGCACCUCCCUUGUGGGACAUUUGAGCUCGCCACAGCAUUUGCUUUCCUUUCUUGGGCAUUUAGCGGUACAUCAGCCCUUGUGAUGUUUUGGCUCCUCGCUUCACCUUGAAUAGCUCUGUACAAGUUCUGUUUGUGCGUAGUGUUGUUUGAUCCCCUCGGUUUGUAUACUAACUGAUUUUCGAACAGACCAUAGUGAAAAUGGCUGCAAAUUUUAGAGAUCGGUAACAGCAGCAAGCUCCACGAACUUUUGUGAUCCCCAGGAAUUCAUUGAAUAUUGGGCCUGUGCAUCUUCGGAUGCAGAAGAAGCCCUGUACCCGCA